AUGUACACUGGCUACCACACUUUGAAUGGAGUCAUAUCUGAGAUGGCCUAUCCUAUCGGAGCAUCGGAUUUGCGCAGGAGACCGCGCACCGACGGGGAUCUGCUGAAUGCCUCGGGUUGUGUUGGCCCCAGAAUUUGCUCCCAUCCUGCCUUGGUGGGGACUUCAAUUGCCGGCGAUGGUUCCGCUGAAUCUGCCGAAGGAGACGCUGGUGGGUCGGGUGAGCAUGCUGUUAGUGGAAGCAGAGGCAGGUGCCCCCCAUGUCCUCCACUGCUUGUGCACACAGCAAGCUCAUUGAUAUCUUCAGACUAUAACAGCAUACCCAAGCUCAAUAGGACGAUGACCGACAUAUACGGCGACGAACUAUAUAGCCCCAACUUCACUAUCACAUCAACAUGCCAAUCACAGCCAUAUAAUGACUCAUCAGUGAGCAACAAUGUCUUUAGUCAACGCAUCAACGCCGCCAACACCCAUCACCUGAGCGUAGCCCGCUCGCCCUCAUUCAGAACGCGGUCGCCAUUUCGCGCAGGGUCCCCGUUCGCCGCUUCAUCAACCCAUAGCAACUUCCCAGUCGACACGAACGAAGGAUCACCGGGGCAGGUGGCACCCGACGAUACCCCGCGUCCUCAAGCUAUUGAACCAGGAACUCCAGAAACGAUUUCACCCCGGGAUGCCAUUUUGGAAUUCAGCGACCCCGAGGGCGAUGAAGAAGAUCCCCCGCUAUUUUCGCAGAGCGUGGAGCUGGGUUCGAAUGCCAUAGUGAACGAGGCCAUGGAGUCUGUACAUUCUCAUUUUCAUCCAACCCAGAAUGUUGCCAGUAUUCCCACCUCGGCAGCAUUUUUACCCACGCAGAACUUAGUCCGCACUGGUGUGCCUCGACAAGACCAGUUCAUUUCCGACACAGGAGAAAGCCAGAGAGCGCCGUUUCCACUUGAUUCGUCAGGGUCGAGCUCGACAGGAUCAAGAGUUGACACGCCAUCGUAUAGCCCCCGGCUAGCGAGUAUGAGGAUUGGCGGCGGUACCUACACAUGCACUUAUCAUGGCUGCGCACUCAGGUUCGAAACUCCCUCGUUACUGCAGAAGCACAAACGGGAAGGUCACCGGCAAAUACAAGGCCUGAUUUCCCCGCGAGAAGUCCCUGGCAUGGUUACGACGCUUCACAACACGCAGGCUGGGCCACAUCGCUGUGACCGAAUUAAUCCAUGUACUGGAAAACCUUGUUCCACAUUAUUCUCACGACCGUAUGACCUUACGAGACAUGAGGAUACGAUACAUAACCUGCGGAAACAAAAGGUUCGUUGCGACUUGUGUAAGGAAGACAAAACGUUCAGCCGCGCCGAUGCUCUGACAAGGCACUACCGUGUGUGUCAUCCUGAUAUUGAGUUGUUUGGGAAACGUCGCUAUGGAGGCGGAGUUGGCUAG